UCACUCGCUCGGUCCCCGUGACUCGCUCACGCCCCGAUACCGCGCCACCCACCCGCACGGGCGACCCUCAGCGCCGCCGCCGCCGCCGCCGGGGGCGGUGAAGGCGGCUAGGUUUCCGCGCCCCCCACCCCCACUGAUUCCCUUCUCCGUUCCGCCCGGCGGCGCGUCCCCCUCUACCCCACAGCUCGGCCGCCGCCAGCGCCGCUCCCACUCCCUAUUCCCAACCGAAUCCGAUCCGCCCUCUCCACCCACACCCACCGCUCCUCACGCCACUCGCGCCGCAUCGCGUCCCCCAUUCCGCUCCUCUCGCGCCGAUGGAGGCCAAAACCCCAGCCUCCGACGCGGACGCGGCGGCCCAAACCCUAGCCGCCGGGGAGCUCGUCUGGGCCAAGCCUUCCAAGCCCCGCCGCCACUGCUGGUGGCCCGCGCGCAUGCUCGCCGCCUGCCCCGCCGCCGACUCCUCCACAGCCCGGGCCGCGGAGGUCUGCUACUUCGGAGAACCCGCCGCCGCCGCUGCCGGCGGCUCCGGCGCGACGCCGGCCCCUCCCGCGCAGGUCCGGCGCUUCGCGGACCCCGACGCCGACGCGAUGGCCCGGGGCAGCACCGCGCGUGGCUUCCUCGCGGCCGUCGAGGAGGCCCACGCGCGCGCCGUCGCGGCCCUGCGCGCCCAGCUCACCUGCGCCUGCGUCCCGCCCCCGCCGCCCGGGGAGGAGGGCUGCGCCGUCGUCGGGGUCGCCAACCUGGAGCCCGCGGAGUUCCUCGCGGCGCUCCGUGUGGCCGCAUUGGGCGCGCGCGCCUCCCCCGUCGGCCUGGUGGACCGCGCCAGGCUCAAGAGCUGGGUCCGCGCGUUCGGGGAGGGAUGGGGUCCAAAUGGUGCGCAGCACUACCCGCGGCGCCCGCUCGAGGACCUUGUGGACAAGAUCGACCUUGACGUGCCCGCCGGCGAAGAUAGAGAUGCUGAUGAUUGGCUCGCUCAGGACGACCACAUGCCGUUGAAGAGAGCAGAGGAGACACCAGUGCUGAAGAAGCGCAGUGUCACUGCAGUGAUGGAGUUGGAUGUGGGGGAGGAUCAGGACAAGAGUGACAGCCCUGGGCCUGUAACGUCCAGGAAGCGGGAGCGGAAGAAGAGCAAGUACCUCUCGCCACCAUACACCGACUUGGGCGUGGUUGUGCUUCCCCGUAAGCCGGUUGAUUCGAAGGCAUCUGUGCUCAAAGCCGCUGAAGAUGACAGUAAGGUAUUGCCAUUGUCAGACAGCAUUGUUGUCGAAGAUGUCUUGCUGCUGGUACGGGGCUUAGGGAAGGACCCCCACCAUAUGGGCGUUUUUCCAGAGGCUACAGAGGGAUUUCUCGGUUUAUUUAGAAGCUCAAUAUUCAUAGAGGGUGAUGACAGUGCGUCUUAUAAGGCGCAUGAGUGUCCAGUGGCGCAUACCUUGAGAAAUGUCAGCAUGGAUAUUGCUCCAGGUCUGGUUUCUGAUACACAUCCUGUUCUUGAACAAGACAAGCGUGUGUCAAAGAGGGGCAGAAAAAAAGAUGGAGAUGGGAGUGGUGGCUCUUCCAUCAAGAGGAAGAAGCGGGAGAAGACCUCUCCUGCUGGUACACUUGGCUCUGGUAUACCAAUUACCCCUGCGAUUCCUAUCAGGCAAGUGAAAGCAGAAGAUACAAGAACCGUAAUGAAGGUAGGAAGCAGCGCAAGGGGUAUAGUUCAGGAUGAGAAGAGCAAACCAUCACUUUUCAAAUGUUCUAGUUCAGCUACAGUUCCUGAGGCAAUAAAACCAGGGCAGGAGCAGGUCCAAGAGAGUUAUAAAUCUAUUCUGGAAAAACCUCAGGCCAUGGGCAAUAAGCUGCCUGAAGAAACCGCAAAAUACAAUGAUACUAAAUUGGAGGGAACAAAGUCAGAAACUAAUAUGCAAACUGUUAUUGUAGGUGGGCCUGUCAGAAGUGUCCAGACAGAAACAGCGGAAUCAGAAGCUAAUAUUCACAUAGAUGUGAGUGUACGAAGUGUUGAUGUGGACAUCCCUGUCGGACGUGUUUCGAAGGAAUCAACAGAUUCAGAAGCUAGUGUACACAGGGACAAGAAUGUGCAAGGUGCUGUUGCAGUUCCUGAAAGAAUUGUUUCCAAGGAAGCAACAGAGUCAGAAGUUGAUGCUAGCAUAGAUAAGAAUGUGCAAAGUGCUGUUGCAGGUGUGCCUGACAGAAGUGUUUCAAAGGAAGCAACAAAGUUGGAAGCUAAUAUUCACAUAGUUGAGAAUCUGGGAGGUGCUGUUGCAGGUGCGCCCAUUGGCAGUGGACCAUCUCCUAUGCAUGAAGUCAUGGCCCAGCCUUUAGAUGAAAAUAAAGAGCCUGGAAGUGUAGAAAUGCAUACAGUCCAGCAAUCUUAUGCUUCUCUACAAGCCCUGGUGCCAGAAUUGCCUAAGAAAGAGAACACUAAUGGCACAGAUGUAAUCAGUCUGAGGCAUGCACUCAAAGAUGACUGUCCAAAGGAUGAAGCCCAUGUCCAGAAGGUGAAGCUACCUGCUGGAGCUGCAUCAAAUCAUUCCUCUGGUGAAGUAGUGAAUGGCACAUGCCCUGUUCCUGCUAAUCCUACUCCUAAUAAAAAGAAGAAGAAAACUGCACAGGACUUCUAUAAUCCAGCAGCCAUUCUCGUGGAGUUCACACCUGGUGUCAUUGUCCCUUCCAGAGAGGAGCUACUCUCCACAUUUGGCAAGUAUGGCUACUUGAUAGAGUCUCAGACUGAAAUUGUAAAAGCUGCCCGCAAUGCGCGUGUUGUGUUUGGGAAAAGCACUGAAGCUGAGGCAGCAUACCGUGACCGAGAACUUCUUGGUCAGUUUGGGGCUCCGUUUGCUACAGUAAGCCUCCAGUAUCUUCCUCCAAUCCAGCUGAGUGUGCCUUCUCCAUCUCCUUCACCGUCACCUUUGCCUUCACCAUCUCUUGCUUCGAAGCCUCCGCUCACAGAUAUUAGGAAGAACCUUGAGAAGAUGAUUGCAGCUCGUCAUUCAGCUUUAAACAAGGCAACCUCAUCAGAUGGGCUAAAUCCUGUCCCAGAUAAGCUUCUGGGGGACAUGCAUGGCCUUUUGGCAAAGGUUGACAAGAUGCUUAGUAAACCAUCUGCUAAUACUGCUCCUUAGCUCUGCCACUCUGAGGAUUAUGGCUGUAACCUUUAGGUAGUUAGAGAAUUUAGUGUCUCAGUGGCUGUGUUUGCUGUGCUGUUUAGUUGUAGCUACUGCAUUUUAAGUUUAUGACGGACUAUAUUGUUUGGCCAUUUCAGCAGCUGUGGUUCGGAACUCCUGUAAAUCGUUGGGGGCUCUUGUGCCAUUGCUUCAUGCAUUGUAUAUGCUCUAAUAAGGUCGCAGCUUCUUCUGGUGCCCUGAUUUUGUGUUCUGUUAAUAGUAUACCACGUGUUUACCAUUUAUCGAAGUUGCUGUGGUAUUGAAA